AGAACACAGACGUACUAAUUCCUUCUUUCGAGUCUCGCGGGGAGUACGAGUAUGAGAAAAGGCAUCUGCUUUGUGUAGAAAUUUGGAAGAGAACAAAUCGUGGGCUUAGCACUGAGAAAAGUUAGGGAGUCCGACAAACCGGUCACUCACUCCGCUGUGUUUAUUUUUGUGUAGCUUUUAUCUUCAGAUAGAAAUACUCUUCCAAUAGGAGUUUAGAUUCAGUCAGGUUCAGACAUUCUAUACUUCGCUGCGGGCUGAGUUCAAAGUGGUCCCAUUGUGCGGUGUAGUUGAUUCCAACAUUGAAUUAAUUUCUCCGGGAAGUAACCGAAAGUAAACUUGCUGACCAAGUGCCUUAGAAUGGCUUGCACUAAGUUCUUCAAUUUGGGCAAUGGCGUUAAGAUGCCUGCUCUUGGAAUUGGUACAUGGAGAGCCCCCGAUGAUGAAGUUGAAGCAGCAUUGAAUUUGGCUUUGGAAGCAGGAUACCGUCAUAUUGAUUGUGCUCCAGUUUAUCUAAAUGAGAAAGCCAUCGGACGUGUGUUGAAAUCAUGGCUUGAUUCAAACCGUGUUACAAGAGAGGAACUGUUUAUUGUUACUAAGCUUCCGCCUUUAGGAAAUCGUCCAAGUGGUGUUGAGAAGUGGUUGAGAAAUUCACUCGCUGAUCUCCAGUUGGAUUAUAUUGAUCUCUACCUUAUCCACACUCCAUUUGGUGUACCAGAAACUGAUGGUGACUUCAAACGUGAAGCCGAUGGUUCCGUCGUUCUAGACUUGGAAACUGAUCAUAUUGCAACUUGGAAGAAAAUGGAACACAUGGUGGAACUUGGACUUGCCAAAGCUAUUGGUGUUUCCAAUUUCAAUAAACAGCAAAUUCAGCGAUUACUAGAUAAUUCCACGAUUAAACCAGUGAAUCUCCAGAUUGAGCUUCAUAUUUACUUGCAACAAAACGAGUUGGUAGAUUUCUGCAAGCGGAACAAAAUAGUGAUAACAGCAUAUGCACCAUUGGGAUCUAAAGGUAUCGCUGCUUUGGAUAAAAUGGCAGGAGUUGAACGAAACCUCCCCGAUUUAAUGGAGAACAGUGAAGUGCUUCGCAUUGCCGAAGCCCAUGGAAAGACUGCAGCACAAAUUCUACUUCGUUGGAUCCUUCAACGAGGCGUCGCCACCAUUCCAAAGAGCACAAACCCACAAAGACUUAAACAGAAUAUCGACGUAUUCGAUUUCGAACUGACACAAAGUGAAAUGGAAGCUUUAGCAAAAUUGGACUCUGGCGUACGAGUUUGCAAUUUUGAAUUUUUCAAAGGCGUCAAUAAGCAUCCAGAAUUCCCCUGGUAAAUUGCCUGAGUCGUUGGAUAAAACGAAAGCAUUUAAUUCCAAUAUUGAAGAAAACGAAUGAAUCAAUUUACGAAAUAAAGUUUUACAUUUAUUCGAGUUUCGUUUUAACAAAAAAUAUAAUAAAUACAGCACAUGUGGUUUGUUUUGAAUGCAAGUGUUGAAUUUUUCGUUAUAAAAUCACUGGAAGUAAAAAAUCUUUUAUUGCGUGCAUACGUUCGAUUUGAAUAUGCAGCGAAAUUACCGGUAAUUUACAUAUUAGUGUUCAAUUUAUGUUAAAAUUUAUUGGAAGAGUGUGCAAUAAAUACAGAAACUUUAAU